AUAUAUCCUUCCUCUAAACUUGGUCUUCUCCGCCUCCCAGUCACCUCACACCCUGAGUUCGUCCACUUGAAUCGCUGAGUCAGUGAACGAGUCAAGCCAUGUCGGACGAAGAACACCACUUUGAAUCCAAGGCUGAUGCUGGAGCCUCCAAGACCUAUCCCCAGCAAGCCGGCACCAUUCGCAAAAACGGCUACAUCGUCAUCAAGGGUCGUCCAUGCAAGGUUGUUGAAGUUUCUACUUCCAAGACGGGUAAGCACGGUCAUGCUAAGUGUCACUUUGUUGGGAUUGAUAUUUUCACUGCCAAGAAGCUUGAAGAUAUUGUGCCCUCUUCCCACAACUGUGAUGUUCCCCAUGUGAAUCGUACUGAUUACCAGUUGAUUGAUAUUUCUGAGGAUGGAUUUGUUAGCUUGCUUACUGAAAAUGGGAACACCAAGGACGACCUCAGGCUUCCUACCGAUGAUAAUCUGCUUACUCAGAUAAAGGAGGGAUUUGCUGAGGGUAAGGACCUUGUAGUUUCAGUUAUGUCUGCAAUGGGUGAGGAGCAGAUCAAUGCCCUGAAGGAUAUUGGGCCAAAGAACUAGCCUCGGUUGCCCAUAGUUUGUUGUUUUCAUUUAAGCAAAGUUAUAUAUUUCUGUACGAUCUUUGUUAAAUCCGAGUUUAUGGACUCAGACUAGUUUUGCCAACCGUAAUGAUGUGACAUAACCUUUUUCAGUUCCCUUGCUGUCUUGAGAUUUUUGAGAUAAAUUAGGAGUCUACUAUUAAAAGUUA